GGCAGGAUAUCUCCGAGCAGCCGGUGCUUCGACAUACACACCCUUUUCCGCCAUCAUCAUUAUGUCAAAGCUCGAUAUUGUAACUGGGCGCAUGUCCAAGCUGAUGCUGAGGCGGUGGCCCAUGCUGGCGGAGCAGUGCCCGAAGGAUGGCUGCCACGCCCCGCUGAUGCGCAAUCCUGAAACCGGCGAAUCCAAAUGUGUGUGGCACGAUGCGCACGAGCUAUUCCCCGAUGAGCUGACGGAAGAGGAGGUGCAGGAUAAAAUAUCGGAAACUGCCGAGGCGUCGGUUGGCGAGAGCGAAGAGGUGGAGGAGCCGAUUGAUACCGAAAAGGAGAGGAUGCUCAAGGAGCGCCGUGCACAGAGCGACUUGGCCAGCGAGCUGAUUGGCAAGAAGAUGCUUGAGGGGUGGGCUAUGAUGGACAAGAUGUGCCCGAACGAGUCGUGCCGUGCCGUGCCGCUGGUCAAGGAUCGUGAGGAGGUGCAGUACUGCGUGAUCUGUGAGAGGCGGUACAUGGAUGAGGCAGCGUACAAGAAGAGGUACGGCUCGAUUCCUGAUGCUGGACCAAGUAAGCCAGCGGCACCAUCCAGGGCACCAGUAGCUGCUGCCCCUGCUGCCGCCGCAGAAAUUACUGAGAAGAAGGCGCCUGCCAAGGCUGACUCGACGGCAGUGCAGAAGCGCUCUGAGCCGAGGGAUGUCGCUCCGAUCGAUGCCGACUCGAUUAGCGUCGCUGUAAAGGCGCUCGAGGACAAGGUCGUCAGUCUGUCACAGCAGCUGAGCACCACCACACACUACAAGGACGUGGAGCGCAUUGCCAAGGCAAUCAGCGCCUGCGCCAAGGCCAUCAAGGCGUGCCGCGAUUUGUAGAUCAAGACCUUAGAUCACCAACGCGAAGCCGACGUGUGC